AUGGGACAACGCGUGGAUACUUAUACUGGUUCUGGUGAUGUGCUUGUUGAAUUCAAAUAUUAUGGACAGGAUAUAGAAAUUACUGCUGCUACUGGUAUGCCAGAGCCGCAGCUACCACCCCCCGGAACGGAAUACCCCCACUCGACCCCUCCCAAAGUCCCAAGCCCAGCAACCACUGCCAUGGCGACGCCGACCAAGGCCGUCGUCCUCCUGUCCGUCGUCGCCCUGUCUGCCGUGUUCGCCUCGGCGGCCGCGUUCCACGACCACCACCACCACCACGGAGGCGAAGGCGGCGGGUUCUUCGAGGUGCCGUGGUUCGGCCCGCCGGGGGGAGGCGGGUGGGGCGCGUGGGGCGCCGGCUACGGGGGCGCCGGAGCCGGAGGAGGGUACGCCCACCACGAGGCCACGGCGCCGUCGACGGUGUGCAUGGAGAAGGGCCCCUGCUACAAGAAGCGCCUCACCUGCCCGGACAAGUGCUUCAAGUCCUUCAGCUUCAAGGGCAAGCACGGCGGCGGAGGCGGCGGCGGCGGCGGCUGCAGCUUCGACUGCAACAAGUGCGAGGCCACCUGCUAAACUGCUUCCCCAAUCUCUCCAUGGAUGUUGUCGUAUGCGUGUUGGAUUAAUCAUGUGUUUAGUUAGUAUGGUUAGCUGCUGAAUGAAUGAAAAAUGGAAGACUGAUACUGCUACGUCGUAUGGUGCGUGUCUGUAAGUAUUCAGGUUUUGUGUGGUUAUGGAUGAUGAAUAAAACUGAGGCUGGAUGAAUAAACCGAGAGGAAUUCAUCGAUUCUCUGCGCAUGAAUUUGAUCUCAGCUGAGCAUCGAUCAGUAGCAAAGCAGAAAUUUUACUAUAACCCGGUUCAGUUUCCAAAGGAUUUAGAAAAAGAA